AUGAACCUCGAUAGUAGGAAUCAGAUGAUCGACCUUUCCCUCCAAGAGAUCGCCGGCUCUGGCAAUGAGAAUAUCUGGGAAAGCUGCGGGAAAGCAUUUCUUAGAGUGAAUCGAAACCAGUACCAAAACAAAUUGAAGGACGAGAAAGAUGGAAACGUCGAGGUGAUGUCCGAUUUGGAUAAGAAAAAGAGAUACUUAGAGACAUCAAUCAACACUACAGUGGACAACAUGAACAGAAUCCUUGACAGACUCGAGAAAAAAUAA